AUGUCGUCAACUCCAGCAGUCAGUUUGCUAAGUUUUUAUCGCUCCGCUCCGCAGCAACGCGUAGCUUUAGAUGAUUUUGCUGCAUUAGGAUACAAACGUCUAAAGUUGUUGAGCUACGUUGACUCUCAAUGGCGCUUCGAUUCGAUACUUAAAAAAGUGCAAAACAAUCUCAUGGACGAUAUUGUAGAAUUUCAACAGCUUGUACCAAAUUCCAACGCUGAUCGAUUGUCACAUUAUGCUCUACGCCUUGCGUUUUGCAGGCACCGAGGUUCAAAUGGUUGGAAGUGGUUGGUUACGGCCGAAGAAAAACUUCAAACGAUUCGUCUUGGAAAGUUACCACCUUUUGCAGCGGUUGCAUUGCUCUCAAGUGAAGGAAUCAAGUAUGAGCUCGUAAAUGCCAGCAAUUAUGAGCUUGAUACAACGCAACAAGGCACUUAUCGUGUCCCGUUUGCUGAUGCACCUGCCUUGGUGAAGUAUCGUGAGGUGGUUAUUCACAAUGGUUUCUGCUUGGUGCCUCUGCACAGAAUGAACUUUGUAUCUGUUUAUCGCUUUCGAAAGAGUCUAGAGGAGCAAAUGCGUGACCUGCACUGCGCCAUACCCGCACAGCCAUUGGAGUUGGAACGGUUGACGCCGAUCCUCGAUGGUUUUGUUGUAGAAGCUCGUGUUUUAGUCGGAACAGGGACAGGAACAAAGAAACCUGGUAGGUCAAAGCUCGACGUGGCAGAGAUCGAUCACGUUGCGGAGAAGCACUUUCCGCUGUGCAUGAAGCAACUGCAUCGAAAGUUACGCGAGAAUCAUCAUCUCAAAUACGACGGACGUGUGCAGUACCGCAUGUUUCUCAAAGGUGCGGGAUUCUCAGUCCACGAGUGCAUUCAAUUCUUCCGAAGCGAGUUUAUCAAGAAGAUUCCAGCUGCCACGUUUGACAAGGAGUACACGUACCACAUUCGUCACAGUUACGGACUAGAGGGCUCUCGGAAACACUAUGCACCUCUGGAUUGCGAGCGUAUAAUUUCUGGUAGUGCACCAAGUCAUGGACAAUACCACGGCUGUCCGUUCAAGCAUUGGGGUCGUGUAUCCUUGCAGGACGAAUUGCGCCGCCUAGGUCUAUCGAUGCACACAUCCAUGGCUAUCACGCAACUAGCGUCCAUGGGUCACUGCCAAAGCGCGUGCAAAGCACUUUUCAAUGAAACACACCCAUCAAGUGUUGCAUACAACACUGUGUCUACGUGUCAUCAAGAUACUUUGGCAUUGUCAGGUCAGGUUCCCAAUGAAGACAUUGUCAUACAUCCGAACUUGUAUCUCGACGCAAGCAUGGCUACACUUGACUAA